CUGCUCUGUGAAACAAGUUUUUUUUUUAGUUUUGUGAUAUUUAUUCCUAAACUAAUCGUUAUAGUUUAAAUCUGAACAAAUGUGGCGCGCUGUCUAUUUGGUGUCGACAGUUCUAUCAUGGACAUUUCGACUUUGUGCCAUAUCUUUAUUAUUUGGAUUGAUCACCGCGCUUGCAGCUAGAUUUGGCCCCCGGACGGGAAAAAUUUGGUUCUUUGCUCGAUAUGCAUUCUGCACUUGGUAUCUCUGCUCGCUGAGUAUUGUUUUCUUGCCCAUAUUUAUCAUUCGAAAUCCGAAGGAUGUCGAUAAUUGCAGAUGGGCAGCAACAUAUCUGCGAUUAAUGGCCGCAGUUGUUGGUAUAAAAUUUGAGUUGCGUGGUUCUGAACAUCUAACACAACCUGCUUGCGCAUCUAUAAAAAAUUUUGAAAGUGGUGCAGUUAUCGUGUGUAACCAUCAGUCAGCCUAUGAUGUCGUGGGACUAUUUGAUAUUUGGGAGCAUCUGGGCCGCUGCACAAUUAUUGCUAAAAAGGAGUUGAUGUGGUUAAUACCGUUUGGACAUGCGGCUUAUUACGCUGGUGUUACUUUCAUCGACAGAUCACGCAGUCAAGAUGCUCAAAGGGUACUUCAGCAAACUGCAACGGCUAUGCGUGAACAAAGGACAAAGCUCCUCUUGUAUCCAGAAGGCACAAGAAAUAAAACUGAUUGUCCUGAGAAGUUACUUCCAUUUCGCAAAGGAGCUUUCAAAACGGCUAUGAACGCCAAAUGCCCAAUUAUUCCUAUGAUUUUUUCGCCUUACUAUUUCAUCAGAAGUAAAGAUUAUUACUUUGGAACAGGCACUGUGAUUAUAAAAGUUUUACCUUCUAUAGACACGUCCGCACUCGCCGACAGUGAAUUAGACAAGUUAGUAACAGACACGUACAACAAAAUGUCUGAAGUUUACGCUGAAUUAUCUGCAGAAGUAAACAAGGCGAAUAAUAAUAGUCAGCCAAAGAAGUUAUUGUAAAAUUGAUAAGUUACAAUUCAAUCCAUUAUAUAUAUAUAUAUAUAU